GCUAAAGUGAACUACGUUGUUCGUCAGCUGAGUGCAGGCCUACCGGUGGAUGUAAUAGCAAUGCUCGGGGGGUUACCUUUUUGUGCCAGAUCAUUCGACGACGCUAAAGAGGGAUCAUCUACUGCAGCCGCUGGAGGUGAACAACAAAUAGCAACUGAUAAGGAUGCCGUUAGGUUAAGAAAAGAGGAAGUAACGGUCUGGAUGAAUGCAACGAGUAUAUUGAGUUUACGCAGCUCGAUACUGGAGUGA